AUGCUCAAGUUGGUUGCAUUCUGUGCCAUGCUGGUUGCUCUGCAGCUGGUCAGUGGUGUGCGUUGGGGCAAAGAAUGUUGGUACGAAAGCCCAGGCUUCAAGUUGCCCGAUAACUCCGUGGAUCUGGUCCCUGGCGCAACCACUGUUGAGGCCUGCAAGAAACAUUGUCUCGACACAACCUGCUUCCUCUUUCACAUCGUUGAUGGCAACAAAUGUUACAUGCUGAAACCAGGUGUAUAUCUUAGAUGGGAAGAAUUUUUGCAAGACCAGCCUAACGUGGUGCAGUACCAGAACUGCCGAGAAGAAGCUCCUGUUGAUGAAUAA